UUUUCCGCCUUGCAAAACAGGCGACAAGAGAAAACACUUCUUAUGGAGCAGCAUGGAUUCUAACCCGGAUACGUUACUCGACGUUCUCAUCAACAGGAGGGAUGGGACAAGGUUCAGCAAAGUAGGAUUUGCGUGUGUUUGCCUUUUUGAGUUGGCGAAUGGAAUGGGCAUCUACGCGCUCAACAAUGCAGUCUCCCUCAGCGGGGAGUACUUCGGUCUUUCCAACUACCAGAUGCGCAUUCUUUUCGUGUUUCAUUUUGCUAAUUCCUAUAUCUCACCUCUCCUCGCCGCCCUAUUUACCGACCUCAAAGUUGGAAAAUAUCGGACCAUAUUUUUCACAGCCGCAAUGAGAACAUUCGCGGCCACUAUUCUGCUGAUAAUCGCUGUCACAUUCUCUGUCAGUGACAAGGCGACGAUGCAUCCCACAUUGAAGUCAGCUCUCUUCGGCAUCUACGUGUUUGCGCUGAUGUUCCUCUUCCUGAGCAUCGAGUUCUUCAGCUCGCUCCUGAUACCAUUCGGGAUCCAACAAGUCAACCAGGAGAGCGGAGCAGCUAUUGCUUCUGCUGUCAGAUGGUUGCUGUGGUCGUAUGAUGUCGGUGUGGUGGUGUCUACCCUGGCAUUGGGUUACUUAAGGAGCCGUUACUGGGAGAGUCACAUCUUGGCGGAGACGGUGGCCAGCUUCAUUUUCUCCUGUCUCAUGAUUAGUGUUUUCAUUCUGGGCAAGAGCCAGUACAACAGGUGCACACCAACUGAGGGAAGAGCCUCUUUUGCGACCAUCUUAAACAUCUUCAAGACAAGGUUGUGUUGUUGCCGAUCGCGCUACGAAAGCCUCAACGAGCCGAUGACCUUUAGCCCCGACAACAGCGAACAACACGUGAACCAUCAUCAGCGAAUCAAGAUGGAGAACCUGAUUCUGAGAAAGUUGUUCCUGAUGAUCGGAUUCUUUGCUUGUAUUGGUGUGGGCGAAGUCAUCUAUUUCAAGAUGAUCUUCAUCAAAGCUUCUGGUUGGCCCCGUGACUUUGGGCGCCAUGGCUUCCCGUUGGGCUACCCCACCCUAGUUGUCUACAUCCCGACUAUCGUCUGCAUCCCAAUAUACGAAUGCUUCUCCAGGCGGAAGAGGGUCACUUCUCCCUUAACUGGCGUUCGGAAGGUCAUACACUUCAGGACUAUGGGUGCUGGCCUUUUCAUGGCCGCAUUAGCAAUCCUGGCGGCCGCCCUGCUCUGCCACUUCAAGCAAAUGGACCCAAUUACAAAGAGUCAGUCUUUGUGGCAGGUACCGAUUUACAUCGUACUUGGAAUGUUAACACCCCUGACCUACAUUAAAGCUCUCGAGUUCUGCUACACAGAAAGCUUCAAAGGUUUGGUCUGUGUCACCACAUCCCUCCUUACCUCUCUCUGGAUGCUCUUGUAUUCAAUCAUCACAUGGACAGGGGUAGAAUGGAACCAAGACUCGCACCACCUGGAGAUUAUUUUCUAUUCCCUCUGCGGCGCGAUGGUCGUCACCAUUUUUUUCAUCUUCAUCCCCGUCUCCAUCUUGUAUAACAGAGUGAAAUCAGAGAUAGACGAGGCGACGACCAUACUCUAUAGCCGAGGCUACAAUACUCUCACAGGGAGUACCCUGCUGACGGGCAGAUUCACUGCCAAUGAAGAGAAGGGCGAGAGAGUUCCGAUUGACGGGUCGGAUCAUGAAAGUGAGGAGACAAUGUCAGUCGGCCGGAUGAGUUGGGAUUCCGAGUUAGGGUCAGACAAUGACUUCUAAUAAAGUAUACGCAGCGCACCCAGUGUCGGUUUGAGCUACCGCAAGCAACCGGUCAUACGACCAUACAGUUAGUAAAGAUUCAGCUAUUGUUCGGGCAUUCCAUAAUCCACUUCCAACGCUGUAAAGCCCGCAGCACACUAGCCGCCAACUUCGGCAACAAGAAGCGUUCGGUUGACGCCUCUCGACGCCGAAGUUGGCGGCCAGUGGAUCCCGGUCAGAGCACACCUGCCCAGAAUCGGCGUCCAGUAGCGUCUUUUCCGCCACUUUAGGCUGCCAUUUUGAAAUCAUGUGACAUCAAGACGCAUACUGAUUGGCCAUAGCCUCGCCGCCGACGCCAACUCAGGCGGCCAUCCGUAGCACACCUGGCUUCUUCUUGCGUUCAACGCGGCGACACGCGUCAAAAAUCAAACAUGUUAGAUAUUUGGCGUCCGUUCGUAGCAGACUAGGGAUUUUUCAGGCGUUCAGGACUCUUGCGGCAAAAAACGCCAGUGAACGCCGAAGUUGGCGGCUAGUGUGCUGCGGGCUUAAAGCAGAAUUCAUGUACGUCCAUGAUGAAAACGCAGAUGGGAAUCUUAUGUAACCCGCUCUUUGGAAAUGGCUUGUUGUGUUGUGUUGCAAAGAGAACCGGAUGUCUUUGUUCAUAUCCGCUGAGGGUGAGGUAAAAACGAAUUCAUAAUGACAAUGUGCUACACUCUCCCUGGAAAUCAGCCAGCUGGAAACCAAAGUAUCCGACCACAGGAGGAGCUCAUCUCCACGUGUACAUGUUACACUCCGGACGCAAUGGUGUUGGAUCCGUUCCCUCCCGAAAAGGAAGAUAGAUAUAAUGACGAAAUCGGCUGCAUCGGCAGCCUGCCUAACACAAAAAAAACAAUGCCAAUAAGAAUUCAAAUCCACCACAAAUCUU